AGCUGUUUUUUGAUCAUGGAUGGUACCAAACGAGUAGUGCUGAUCACCGGGUGCGGCAAGGGCGGCAUCGGCUACGAGUACUGCAAGGCCUUCGCCUCCCACGGCUGCUAUGUCUUCGCCUCCGACCUCCCCGACCGCCUGCAUGACCUCGCCGAUCUCGCGUCCGAGAACGUUGAGCCGCUCGAGCUCGACGUCUCCUCCGACGAGAGCGUCGCGGCCGCGGUGUCCGAGGUCCUGGCCUCCCGAGGCCGCAUCGACGUCCUCGUCAACAACGCCGGCGUCGGCAGCACCGGGCCGCUGGCGGAGCUCAACCUGGACGAGAUUCGGCGUGCGUGGGAGGUGAACGCGCUGGGCCAGGUGAGACUGGUGCAGGCGGUGGCCCCGCGCAUGGCCGCGCGGCGCAGCGGCCGGAUCGUCAACGUGGGCAGCGUAGUGGGCGCGGUCGCCACGCCUUGGGCCGGCUCCUACUGCGCCACGAAGGCGGCGGUUGACGCCAUGUCGGACGCGCUCCGGGUGGAGCUUCGCCCAUUCGGGGUACACGUCAUCAAGGUGGUGCCGGGGGCGGUGCGGUCGGGGCUGGGCCGGGCGAACGCGGAGCGACUGGCGGCGCGGAGCUGGCGGCUCUACGAGGGGUUCGAGGAUGCAAUUGCGGGGAGGGCGGGGGCGUCGCAGGUGGGGCGGGCGACGGAGCCGGGCGUUCUGGCGCGCCACGUGGCCCGGCGUGUGCUGAGCCCCCGGCCGCCGAGGGCGAUCGUGUUCGGCCACAUGACGGGCCUGUUCGCGGCGCUCGCCUGGUCGCCGCUUUGGUUACGCGAUUGGUUCUUCGCCAAGCGCUUCGGGUUGGAUAAGAAAUUAUAAGAGAAAAAAAGGAUCUCUUCUCUCCUCUAGCAGAUAUGAUCAAUGCGAG